GCCCCGGGAGGCUGCGGAACCGACAAGACGGGUUACGACGGCUCGGCUGGCGCUUAUCAUGGCGGUUAGAUGGUGGAAGUAAAAGGCAGCAAACAAGCGUUUCUACAAGCGGGAGAUGCGCAGCGGAUUGAUGGUAGCCCUUCUGGAAACCUCCAACCACGUGGGGUGGGGGGCGGGGCUGGUCGCGGCAGCCUGGAGGCCCGCUCAUCCGCUGAAGCACUGCCCGCGCUGCCUGAUCCAAGACUACUUAAUUUCCGCUCCCGGAGUCAGGGCAUACGGCUAUUACAUUCCAAAGCAUGGUGCUUGGAAAAAGCGUGUCCUUCCUUUCUGGCUGCAGCAGGUCUGGGCUCAGUGAGAGGCUUUGGGGCUAUGAGGGGUAUAAAGGCAGUGCCUUGGACAGACCCCGUCCUCGGAGACAGGAAAGACUCAAGGUCGCACGGGAUAUAUUGCGAACCGAUUGCAGGCUCCUUGCGUCAGUUACGUGAGGGGAGGGACCUGUUGCGCCCGCGCAGUUGUCCUCUCUCUCAAGCGCCUGGAGCGCAUGUGCGCAGGGUGUGGCGAAAACGGGGCUGGAGUCUAACUACAGUACUCAUUGGAUGCCCCGACUCACCCUCAAGGCAGAAGACUGUGGAGUCCUGGAGCCAGGAGCAGCCUUGGAGGGCAUCUGGUCCUCUUCCAGCCAGAGGAAGGGACAUACAAGGCCAUGUGGACAGCGUAAGUGAGCCGUCACAAGGAAACAGAAGCCUUCCGGUCUAUGUCUGAGUCAACAAGAUGGCACCAAAGAG